CACUAAACGGGAUCCGGCCAAGCGCAGUCACCAUGCCAGCUGAACAGUUCGUCUUGGUCAAUUUUCCGUCUCUCUUCUCUUGCCUUUUCGACUGUCUUCCUGUCUUGUCUGGUUUCUCUCUGUCUGACUGGCAAGUUACAAUACGCGCACACACCAAUCAACCACCUAUCAAAAUAACUAAGCUGAUCGUUUCCAGCUCCAAUCCCCCCCUCGCUCCCCCAAAAUCCGCAAUACUUGCCAACGCAGUAAGGGGGAGGGGAGAGGAAGUUGACCAACAAAUCACACUAGCGAAGAAGAGCGAGAGGAGGGGCGGGGAGGUUUUUGGCGGGUUUUACCCCCUCCAUGCAUGUAUGCAUGCAUGCAUGCGUUGCCAACACAUCAAGAAAUGGAUCUCUCUCUUUUGCCCCCCUCAUCAUUCCCCCCACCUAUCUAGCCUUAGAUAUGCUGUUCAUGCUUGGAUCCUUCACUUCUCGUGAGCUCGUUCGCUCGGGACUUGGUUUCAGUGAGGGGAGUACACGGAGAUAUCUUGGUUUUGAGGGCGCAGAAGAGAGCAGCAGGCUGG